CGCUGGGGGCGGGGCCGGCCCGGGUCGGGGGCGCUGUCCCCGCGACGCCGACGCCGCGGCUCAGACCUCAGUGUCUGCAGAGCCUCUGGGAGGGUUGCCCGGUGCCCGCCGCCGCCGCCACGAUGCCCAACUUCGCCGGCACCUGGAAAAUGCGCAGCAGCGAGAAUUUCGACGAGUUGCUCAAGGCGCUGGGGGUCAACGCCAUGCUGAGGAAAGUGGCUGUGGCGGCCGCGUCCAAGCCACACGUGGAGAUCCGCCAGGACGGGGACCAGUUCUACAUCAAGACGUCCACUACUGUGCGCACCACCGAGAUCAACUUCAAGGUCGGCGAAGGCUUCGAGGAGGAGACCGUGGACGGGCGCAAGUGCAGGAGUUUGGCCACUUGGGAGAAAGAGAACAAGCUGCACUGUGCCCAGACACUCCUGGAAGGGGAGGGGCCCAAGACCUACUGGACCCGGGAGCUGGCCAACGAUGAGCUCAUCCUGACGUUCGGUGCUGAUGAUGUUGUUUGCACCAGGAUCUAUGUCCGGGAAUGAGGCGACACACGAAACCCUGCUGGGUGGGUGCAUGUUCUCUGAGGGGUAACCUGGGUCUGCCCUCCCUGUAGUGCCCAUGCCAGUUCCCCCCCCCCCCAGUGUAUCUCCCCCAGGCCGUGUGCCUCUCUUUGCCAUAGUCUGACGUCUGCACAGUCUCAUGAAUCAAUAAACUGGGUGGACAAGUCACACA